AUGGAGGAGGUUGCGUAUGACAUAUUGAUGAGAUUAAGUCGUACGGAGGAACUCUCUCUGAAGAAAGUAUCAUUGAGAAGGUUUGGCCCAUUUGCUAAGGAUCGUUGGUCAAACAAGGAAAGGAAGUCAGAAGAAACAAACAUAGAUAUAGGAGAUUCUGAUUAUGAACAUUUGUUAUUGAUGGCUUAUGAAUCUGAUGUUGAUGAACCUGUGCGAUUGACGAUUUCUGAUUCUGAAGGAGACUUUAAAUAUGAGUCAGAGUCAGAAGAUGAAUCUGAAUCUAAAUCAGAAUCUAAGGGUUUUAAAGCUGAGUCAGAAGAUGACUCUGAAGCCGAAGUUGAGUCAGAAGAUGACUUUGAAGUUGAAGGAGAAGUUGCCUCUGAAGAGGAUUCUGCCUCUGAAGUUGAGUCAGAAUCAGAAAAUAAGUAUGAAGGUGACUCUGAAGAUGAAGAAGACUCUAAAGGUGAGCCUGACUCUGAAGGUGAAUCUGAUUUUGAUCCAGAUUCUGACGAUGAUCCGGAAUCUGGAGGUAAUCAAAUAUCUGGAAAUGGAGCUUCUGGAGGUGGAGCUUUUGAAGGAAGAACUUAUGAAGAUAUUGAUUUUAAUUAUGAAGAUGAGUCAGAGAUUGUAAAUGAUUUUGAGAGUGAGUCAGAAUCAAAAGGUGAGAUUGAUUUUGAGGAAGAAUCUGAUUCUGAUCCAGAUGCUGGUGGUGAUUCAGAUUCUGGUGAUCCAGAUUCUGAUGGUGAUUCAAAUUCUGGUGGUAGUCCAGAUUCUAGGAAUAUUCCAGAUUCUGAAGGUGGUCAUGCUUUUGAAGUCAGUACUUAUGGAGUUCUAGUAUCUGAUAAUAUUCCAGAAUUAGAAGGUUUUGAACAAGUUCAGAGGCCACAAAGAAUCAGAAACAUUUCGAAAAGGUUUGUGGAGUUUGACAUGCUGCAAGACACUGAAAUAGAUUCUGAAGGGGAAGUUAUUCAGUGUUGUUGCUACGCGAGAAAUACAGAGUCACCAUCGGUUUUUAUUUGUUCCAAAGGAAAGGAAAAAUAUCGAGAAAACCUCAAAGAGUGGUCAUGGAUCCAGAAUCAAAUGAGAUUUAAAACCACAUGGCCACCUGAUUAA